AUGGACUCUCAGACCAAAUCAGGGAAAGUUUACCUCCGACCGCACAAAGCUGGCAAAAAAUGGAAGCCGGUGUGGUGCUCUGAUGCCCCCAGCAGCAGUGCAGUGGGUCGACUGGAGAUUCAGGAUAUGGGAGGGAGCGGUGCAGGGGGUGAUUAUGGCACCGGGGUCAGAAGACACCACCAGCCUCACGGGGACCGGAAGGUGAAGGUGGUCCGACUGUCUGAGCUGAUCAGCGUCCUCAGACUCCCCCCGAACGCUGAGGCCUGCCCCAUGGAGAACAUGUCGGCGUUCUGCGUGGAGACUCAGGACAGGACGAUGGUGUUUGCUGCGAUCAAAGACGAGUGUGUGGACUGGGUGGACAAACUGUGUCAAAGCACAUUUCAGAAAGGAGGCCAUUCACACUCUAAUCAGCUCCAAAUGGAGGAGAACCAGAUAUACGUCUCAGCAGAAGAAGUCUCUGAGUUCUGGGUGGUGAUUCAGAAGACGGAUGCAGCGACUCGUUGUGGCCUGCAGGGGGCAUACUGGCUGAAGGUGGGACUAGAGGCACUGCUUCUGAAAGAAACCCAGAAGAAGAACAUUGUCAACGAGUGGCCGUAUGAACUCCUGAGACGAUAUGGAAACGAUAAGAAUACCCUAAACAUUGAAGCAGGGCGACGCUGCGAAUCCGGUCCUGGAACGUUCAUCUUUGAGACACAGCAGGCUGGGAAAAUAUUCUCCCUGAUUCAGAGUACCAUCAAACUGAAGACUUCACCGGUCAACCAAAACCAAGAGGGAGACAAAGUUGUUGUAACCAACAUACAGGCUUAUUCCCCCCUCCCCAGAGUACCCGACAUGACCAGCAUGAUCAGCAUCCUGGAGAACAAACUGAGGACGGAUGCCGACAAUGAUGGUGCGUCAGAAUGUGUCUCAGCUCAGCCGGCUCCUAUCACCCUCAUGCCCCUCCCACUGGUUCCUACACGUGACAGCUCCUGUGCAGGUAACCGUCGAGAUCAGUCAGAGGCCAUAUAUGCUGAUCCGACUGACUGCAUUCAGCCUGUAGUAAAAGCCCAGCCAGUCAGAUCUAUGUAUGUCGACCCUGCGAGUGUCCUUCCCCUCAAACCCCCAGGUUCAAGUCAACCCCCCACCUCUGCUGCUCCACAUCCUGCCACUCAUACUAACGAGCUGGAUUCAGUCUACUCGGAGGUGUAUGACAAAAUCAGUCCAUACCAGAACAAACAAAGUGUCCUGCAGAACAAAGAAGAAACGAAGCAUUCUGCAAACGGUGAAGCCAUUUAUGCCGAACCCACGAGAGAGAAAGACAAAGUGUCUCAGAAAAGUGAAGCCAAGCCUGACCCAUUUGCUCAUCUUUACGCUCAUGUCUGCAAGAAAGCACCAUCAUCUAAUGACAGCACGCCCUCCACCUCUUCCUCCUCUUCCUCUGCUAUUGCCAGUGCGAGCACAGCAAAACCCACAGAUGCGUCGCUUGAUGAUGUAAUCUAUGAAAACCUGGGCAUCAUUUAAUUCAAAUGUUUAGAGAAUCUUGAGACCAAAGUACAGAUUGUGCAUAUAGACUGACCACUUAUUUAUUAUUUAACUGGACAAGAGCACAAAAUCAGACCGAUCGACUGCUGGGACAAAAAAUCAUAAAACAGUUACAAUUGUUUUUGGAUUGUAAUUAAAAUGUUGUCCACACAAAUAUUGCAUGUAUAGGUUAUUUAGACAAAAUUUGAAGCUAUUAAUCACAUUCUUCAAUAAUAAAAUUGCAUGAAAAAUAUAAGUUAUAGUUAGCAGCUGUACCAUCAGCAGUCAUCUUUCCCUGCAGCUGAACCACAGACUGUAGAUAAAAGAUGGACAUAGCCACCUUAUUUUUUGCAUUCCACAUUUUUAAAGCUUUGUCUGAAACCGCCACCAUGUUGGUUACUUGGGCUCAGCAGUGAUCAUAUUGGGAAAAGGGGUGGAGCUAUAAUCCUAUAGUUCACUCAGCAAACUGGAGCUCCGCCGUUUUGGAGGGUCUGUUAGUCCAAUGAAGCGCACAGCAGCCAUAUUAGAGGUCCAGUUCAGGGACUCCAGUUAGCUGAGGUGAAGCCCAGCAGACAGCUAGCAGCUACAGCCACCUAUGUCACCAUCCAACUGUCAGUCAAAGCCCCCCCCCCCCCCGAACAUGUCUAUUUCUGCUGUAAAGUUGGACAUUUUAAGGGACUGCUUCACUGGUGGAGCCUCUGGUGGACAUUAGAGGAACUGCAGGUUUUGUUAGGUGAGGGAUCAGGGAGAGAGGAUGUUCUGCUCUGUUUGAGCAGCUCUUUUCCAGUUUACUCUGAUCCAGCUUACAUACAGCUGUUUUGCAUUGUAUAUAACUACAGUAUUAAUAAUUCAGUACAGACUGCCCAAUAUUUAACCAUCCAGUCGACUAAUCACAAACACAUCUGAAUUCACUGAAAAUAACUAAAUUUUAGCACUUCUCCUGCAUGAAUGCUCUCUAUGUUGAAUUUAUUUUUAACAAUUUUGCACUAUUUUUAUUUGACUUUAUUUUACAUGUGACAUCUACUAAACACAAAUCCCCAAAUAAACCAGUGGGGCCUAAUGUUAGCAUGCAGCAGCAUCAUAUUCCUAAAUUUAGCACUCACGUGUUGCAUAUUUGUACUCUGACUGACUUUUCCACAUCGGAAACCUUCUAAUGCACGAUAUUAUUCUACAUAUAAAAGUGUAAACACACACACACUCAUGCUCAUUUGCUUACAAAUGCACAAACUGCAAAAAUGUUACAUAGAUAUGUCCUACUUUUUAAUAAAUUAUAUAUCUUUCUGUAGAACAGAUAUUGCCGUUAUCUGUUACCAUAAGUGUUUUUAUGUUUUUAUUCUUAUAUUUUGCUUUAAUAAAAAAUUGCAUUUUUUAUUCCAGUGAAUAAAUCCUCAUAUU